AUGUUCAACUUUUCCGCACUCACCAUUUUAUUGUUGGUUAUUGUUCAGUGAGUUUUUUGGAUUUUGAAAUUUUAUCCUGAAAUUAUGUAAAGAGAUUUUUUCCAGAUUUCUAACUGCAACGUUGCAAACACCUCAAAGUGACAUGGAUUAUGCGGCAUAUGUUUCGAAAUAGUGAGUGGGGAAAAAAGUGUGCCAGGCUUGCAUUUCACUUUUUUUUUCUAGAAUAUGAUCUACAUAGAAUCUCAACAGAACCUCUUUAUCCUCUUCUAGAAGUUCUUGAGGUUCCAGAUCUUCUAGAAUUAUAUCUAGAACUUCCAAACCCUCAAUCAUCAUCUCAUUUUCAGUGAUCUUCUCCGCCCAUCUCGUUACGUCAAACGCGCUCCACACAACAUUGACACCCGCGCUUUGAAUCAAUUCAAAAACUGCUAUUUUUCGCCAAUUCAAUGCGUUUUGAUGGAAAAAAGAAGGAAAUAG